AUGGUUAAGUCCCUUCUGAAUGAAGAUCCAGAAGAUUGCAUUAAAGUGGGUCUGGCCCCGUUCUGCAAACUUAACCCGGCCCCAGACGCUAAAUCUGACUUUUGGAAGAUGGAGUAUGAUGAUGAAGCCGCCAAGAAGGCUAGGGCUGUCAAGAAAGGCGCCAAGAAAGUCGUCAAGAAGACCACCAAGAGAAGAAAGAAACCAAGCGCCUCUGAUCUCCUUAAACUGGAUGACACCUCUAAGUCGAAGACACGGGAGCCAGCCAAGCAGCUGAAGAAGAGUGGUCAAGCAAAGCCUAACAAAAAGACAAAGGUGACCAAGCCAACUGAGGCACCUGAAGUUGCUGAUAAACAACCGGAAGAAACUGUCACUAACACUCCGCCUGAGAUUCCGGAUCUCUAUGUUGAUGACACUACCGAUAAUCCUUCAAAUCAUGUACCCUCAAGCUCACCUAAGCCGUCAGAGACUCAUAAUGAUGACGUGUUGAUUACUGGCACGGGCUUUGUAGAACUGGGAAAUCCAAUAGCCUUAGCUAAACAUACUGCCAAGCAAGAGGUUAUUGAGAGGCGAAAAAUGAAGUUUGACAUCUCCCAUUAUGCGCAACUGAGCAACAGUAAUAUCCUCUCUGGUUACCUCAGCCAAGUACACUCCAGCCGCGAUCUUGAAGUUGAUAUGGUGAAACAGAUGCACCAAAAAUAUGAGACCGCUACUACUGAACUGGAGUCUCAAUUGAAUGACGCAAAGACCCUGCUGGCGACUCAGGAAACUGAGACCAGGAAAGCUAAGUCAAAGUUCCAGUUUAGCGUGGCUGAGUCGGAAAAGCUGAAGACCAGUUUUGAGGCGGAGAAAAAGACUUGGGCUGAAGAAAAGACUCCUUUAACGCAGCGGGCUGAGAAAGUAGAGGCAGCUCUUCAAGAGGUGACCACCGAGCUCACCAGCUUAAAAAGUCGUGUAUCUCAGAUAGUUUCUGCUAUCUUUGCUAUCCCAAGGUACUUGGAGGAAAGCCACAGAACAGCUACACUCAACGGACAAGUCGGCGAGGACACCAACCGCGAAGGACAAGAAGAAGAGCUACCAAAGAAAGCUCCAACCACCGGAGGACCGGUCUGGACCGGACGUCCGGAGCCUGAAGCCAAGCCUGCUCCAGUCCCAGGCUACAGCAAGCGGACGUCCGGCCCGGACCGGACGACCGGCCACACCCUCCAGCGAGCGGACGACCGAAGUCACCAGACGUCCGGCACCGCCCCCACAGAACAAAAUUAG